UCGUAAACAAAUAAUUUCUGAAGAAAAUAGUGAAAUUUUUCUAUCUUUACGGCUUUGUUCCGUAAAAUAGUGGUAAUUUUAGCUUAGAAACAGAAAUUUGAGCUCCAGUUCGUUAUCUACGAAGUAAAAACAUAAAUUAACUUGAAAAGCAGUCGCAACAAGAACAAUCCUUCGAAUGCAACAACAUGGAAGAACCGUUCCCGCAGCUGCUUCCAAGGUUACCUACGGAGAUCCUUGUCACCAUUUUUCAGCAUCUGCCAAUGUCGGAUUUGGCCCAGGUGCGGUUGACUUGUCAUCACUGGCACGAUACCGUUUGCUAUACAAACUCUUUGAUGGACAAAUUCGUGCUGUCCUUUAGAAAUUGUCGCCUGUACGAAAAUUGCGACCAGAGUCGGAUUAUGCCGAAGUCCAAAAGCUGCUAUACGAAGGCCACUCUGAAGGCGGUGACUAUUGAGGAUGCACCGAGCCUGUGGAGUGCUCUAGGCGACAACCUUCAUGACUUAACGUUGAAUGAUUGUUCUCUGACAGGUUUGUCGAUGAUUCAGAUGCUAAAAGCAACUCCCAACCUCAGAUAUUUUGCUCUCAAGACAACCAAAUUCGAAGACUUUCACAUUCGAAAUGUAGCAGUUAACUUCCGAUUGGAAAAGCUCGAAACACUGACAUUACGGUCGAUUUUUGUAUACGACGAAUGCUUUGACUUGUUCAAACGCAUCUGUCCACGAUUAAAGGUACUCAAGCUGAAUUAUUCGUCUUUCGAGGGAUGGGGCGAGAAGCUGGUGCAGUUUGUCCAAUCGGUUCGCGGCACGUUAGAAGGCAUCAAUUUAAGCUACACCAAGGUUGGCGCCAAGCUGCUGCAAAAAAUAUCCACUAUUGAACGAUUGAGACUGAGAAAGGUUUCGCUCAAAUCUAGCUAUGAUUUGAAGCAACGUGAUAUUAUUCAGCUGAGUCGGAUGCAGCCAUCGAUUGUACAUCUCAAUAUCGAUAACCUCUUUCCGGCCGAUGAUCAGAUACUCGGAGAAAUCAGUCGCAACCUGCCGAACAUGAAGCGCAUAAAACUACACAUUUGUCGAGUUCACAAUUUACAGCAAUCAUUUUUAAGCAACAUGCAACGAUUAGAGUAUCUGAAAAUAACAGAUGCAACUCACGUAGCCGGGAAUCUGGAUCUUAGUGGUUAUGAAAACAUUCAUUUGGAGAAACUGUACGUGUCUGCUGCAACAUUUUCGCGGAACACCUUACCCCGGUUUUUUGAAAAGUCGCCGAACAUUCGCAGCCUGACUUUGUACCAGUGUUCAUACGAAAACAUCCACGACUUGCAGUUGUCGUUUGCGCAUCUGAAAUCUUUGGAAUAUCUCAACCUUCAGCGGACUUUUGAUAUCGACGACAGCUUCUUCAGUCGGACCGUAUUCGACAGUGUUAAUAUGCCAUUCGAAAGGAUCCGUUUCUUCCCGGUCACUAAUUUGACUAGACUUUGCUAUUUGAAUCUAAGCCGCUGUCGGGAUCUUUCGGAUGAAACAUUAGUUGCACUAAGCUUCGCACGACUGAAAAAGAUUGAUCUACGAGGACUUAACAUCACAGAUUUCGGCAUUCGAUCUUUGGUCCGCCAGUGUCCCCGUUUGGAGUACGUUCAUGUCGAUGCCUGCAAGAGAAUCUGUGAUAGCGCUGUGCUAAUGCUUUGCCGAGAUUUGAAGCAACUGAAGCUACUGAAUUUGGAUGGAUGCCGAUCAAUAUCCGAUGCCUCCGUAGAUCACAUACUGAAUCACUGUCGUACUUUGGUAUGGCUAAAUAUGAUGAAUUGUCCACUGCUUUCCGAUGAGGCUAAGCAUCGCUUGGAGAGCGUCAAAAGCAUACGAUCGCUUUAUGUCUGAGGACAUGUGAUGUGUAGAAAUAUAUAGCUUAAUGGUGUCGGUGAUGGGUCUUUAUUUAUUUCGAAUAAUAAAUUUGAUCAAACAAACACUCAAAAAUGUGAAAUUAAGAAUAACAACAAAUCAGCACAAUAACCUUUGAAUCGCAGAUCGAAAUCGACAUAUUGUUUGAAAAAUAUUUACAAAGCUUGUAAGUGCGAUGCAAUGAUUCAACUGAUUAAGAUAAAAUUUUAAGAUGUUGGAAAUUACAUGCUGCCCUCACGAUAAAAAAAAAAAUUUGAAAGGAAAAAAAAUCAUUCGCGAAAUUGGUAGU